AAGUCAAAGUCCCAGAUUUGGUCUGAAAAUUUAUGGCAGGAAUGCCAAUCCUAUGUAUAGAUAAACAAGUUAUUUAUAAACGACCAAUGACGUAACACUAUGCAGCUUUCAAUAAACACAGUGCAAUAUGGCUACAAUCGGAAUCCAAACAGUGAUAGUGUUUUCAUAUCUGGAAUAGCAUAACUUACGCUACAUUAAGAGAAAGGAACUCUUUAUUUAUGCCAAGUAGGUGCAGGCAGCCUAGUACCAGUACUUCUGUAGGCAAAAGAAAACGUCCACGAACUUGGACUGCUAAUUUGAUGUGCCUUUCAAACAAUCAUCAAAAUAAGGUACCUAACAGUGCUGAAAAAGAAUGCUUAUACAAGGCAGGUUUGGGUUUGAAAAAAGUAACUUUUGAAGGAGAUGCAAAAGAACAAAGUGUUCACGACACUCUUAUUAAACCGUUUACAAAACUUGAACAGUGUGGGGGCUUUGAGCUAUUACAUUGUAACAGUUCGUGCAGAGAAUUGAAAAAACUUAAUUGUAAAUGGGAUGUUAAAACAUUGAAAAGUGUUGUAGGACCUCAAGGUAAAUUUUAUAUUAGACCCAUUCAAAAGUGUUUGACGGUUGAGGUAGUAACAGAAGAUGAAGAAACAGAGUUAAUGACAAAGUGUGACAUAUGCAAACAGGACGUUUCUUUAGGUCAGAUACGUAACCAUGUUGAGUCCUGUAUAGCCACAAAUCUGGACCAUACAGGAACGUACCUGUAUACUUCACAGGGAAAUUCAGAUGAAGAACUUCCUGAAAGUGCUUCAGAGAUAAUUCAUCAACAGGGGUUUUCCAUGGAAUUCCAUGAUUUACCAGAGAUUGCCAGCAUAACUUCCAUGGUGACCCUGGACAAUGUACUCCCGGGCAGUGAGGAUCAGCAUAAUGGAGAUUAUUUAAGUACAAUUGUUAAAAAGUGUACUACAUUUUGUAAAUCCAAUGAUGUGUCUGAUCCUAUUCAUGUGCUAAAGAUCUUUCAAAAAGAGAUUGUCACUGGGAUACCAUUAGAACUAACAGAAGAGACAUCAUCUACGGGCAUUUAUGGUGAAACCAAUUUCAUUUUGGUAGACAGAGGCGAUCUACUGAAAACAGCAAUUGAGGAAAUAAGGGCAAUAAGCGACAUGAGGAAAUGCCUUGAAGUUCAGUUCUAUGGAGAGUGUGCUGCUGAUUUUGGAGGUCCAAGAAAGGAAUUCUUCUCUCUUGUCCUGCAUUGCAUUAAGGAAGAAUACUUCGAGCCAGUGAGAGAGUGGUCAGAUGACUAUGAAGCUGUUGGCAGAAUAUUGGCUCUGAGCACUAUUCAAAACGGAAGAUUACCUAGAAUUAUGUCAGCAGAGCUAGUGGAGAAAGUAUUCAAUCAAGUGCUGCCUGUAGACAAGUACAUCCAGGACCUAAGAAAAGGUCUUGACAGUCUUGGUCUUGUUCAGCUUGUUCAAGAACUGCCAGCUGUUAUUCACCUGUUCACACCUCAACAGUCGAAUCCUUUAACGGUGAAGAUGUUGACACACCUAUUGAACCCACAGUUUAGUGCUGAAGGGUCAAACAGAAGACAGAGAGAGAAUUCCACAUACACGUUGUUCAUCAAAUACAUGCGUGAAGCUGCAAGUGGAAGACGAGGUGCUGUAAAUCUUGGGAGCAUAUUAAGGUUUGCCACUGGUACAGAGGAGGAACAUGCCUUGAGCUUUGCUCUUCAGCCUUCCAUUCAAUUUAUGGAAAGUGCUAAUUUCCUGCCCACUGCAAAUACCUGCAUAAACAGAAUGAAUUUAUCAUUGCCAGAUGAAAGUAAUCCACUACCACUGCAAGAGGAACUGUUCAAUUUGUUUGAUCUAGCAUUUUGUAACACAUUCUUUGGUUUAGAAUAAAAAAUGACAUUCACAUAUAAUUAUACCCCCAUUACCAUUGGUAAUAGAGGCUAUAUAGGAGUCACUCUGUCGGUCAGUCGGGCUGUCACAAAAUUUCAUCCAAUCUUCACCAAACUUGGUCACAAGUUGUAUCUAGAUGAUGUCUAGGUCAAGUUUGAAUAUGGGUCAUGCCAGGUCAAAAACUAGGUCACGGGUCACUUACUGCGUUUUAAACCGAAAGUUUGUCCGGACCAUAACCAUGUCAUUUAUCAUUAGAUUUCAAAAUCACUUGGUACAUUUGUUCACCAUCAUAGGACGGUGUGUCAUGCAAUAGAAGGACGUCGAUGUCUCCAAGGUCAAGGUUACACUUUGAAUUCAAAGGUCAAGUCGGUCGGU